AUGGAGACGGCUAUUGGUGCGGCGAACUGGCUUGUCGGCAAGGUGCUGAACAAGUUGUCUGAUGACUUGAUUGCCGCAUAUGCGGCCAGCUCUGAGCUCGGUUUCAACUCGGAGCAGAUCAAAACCAAGCUGAUGUACGUGCAAGGGUUGCUGCAUGUGGCUAAGGAGAGGGACGUGAGCAGCAACCCUGGCCUGCAGAAUUUGUUGGAGGACCUAAGCAAGAAAGCCGAUAAGGCCGAGGAUACUCUGGAUGAGCUCCACUACUUCCUGAUCCAAGACCAGUUGGAAGGGGCCUCCCCGGAGCUGGGUCAUUGUUGCCUUGCUGCUCGUCACAACAUCGGUAACUGGCUUGCAUGCUUAACUUCCUCAUGUACUCAAGAUGAUGAUUCUGCUGAUAGUGGUAGUGGGAAGUUGAAAUUCGACAGAGUUGCCACCUUAAAAAAAAUCAAGUUAGUGAUAGAGCUCACCAAUUCCACGCAUCACGCUGAAACCCUUUCUGUUCUGCCUUUUGUUGGUCCUGGGGGUAUAGGAAAGAGAACUUUCGCCCAACACUUGUAUAAUGAUAAAAGAAUUGAGGCACAUUUUGCUGCCGGGAUUAGGGUGUGUGUUUCAACCGAUUUUGAUGUGACCAAGCUCACUCGUCAGAUCCUUAGCUGCAUAUUUAAUCUUGAAACAGCGGCAACCAUGGAAGAAGCUAGUGGUUCCAAGUUGAAGAAUAAAAGAUAUAUGGAUGGGUUAAGAUUAGUUUGGGGUAUUGAACACCUGACUGUAGAUGACGAUGUUCUUGAUAAUCUGCAAUCACAUCCUAAUCUUAGAGUUCUUGGCGUUAUAAAUCCCGGUAUUGCUGCUGGUCCUUGCUGGUCUUAUGGUGACAUGAGCAGAAAAAAGUUGGUGUCUCUCCUUGUGGAGGGUUUAUCUUGGGAUAGUCUUCCACCUUUUGAGCAGCGACCUUAUCUCACCAAGCUCAUUUUGAAGAAUAUUAUUGGAAUGACUGUAUUCGGGCCUGGUUUUGGUGGUGUUACAGAGGCAAGUUUCGUACACUUGAAGACAAUUUUGUUUGAGAAUAUGCCACAACUUGUGGAGUGGGUGGGCGUACCUAAUAGCCAUUUGUUUUCAACGCUUGAAAACAUCACAUUCCGAGAUUGUCCAUUGCUGUGUUCUUUUCCUUUCUUGGAGUGCUCUGGCCGUUUUACCAAUCUUUCUACUCUUGACAUUGAUAAUUGUCCUAUGUUAUCUCAGUUUCCCCCCAUGCCCCACAAUUCCACACUACGAUCUAUGAUUGUGAAAAGCAGUGUGUCAGAAGUAGAAGUCUCAUACAAUGGGCAUAGUUUGUCUAUUGAUGGGUAUAAUGGGGCCUUGGUUUUCCACAAUAUGAAUAAAGUAGAAUUGAUUAAAAUUAGAGGUGUAUCACACAUUUCAUUGUCAGAAAUCCAAAAGCUAAAGUCCCUGAGAACUAUUGAUGUCCAAAGAUGCGACAACAUGUUCACUGCAGAACUGGAUGACAGUGUUGUCCUCUAUUCAGUUCAGAAUCUUGUCCUGCAGGAACUAUGUAUCAAAGGAGAAUUAUUUUCAAAGGUAUUGAAGUGUUUCCCAGCUCUUUCUCGGCUUGUUAUCCAAAGCUGUAUGGACUUGGAUCUUCUGCCAGUGGAGGAUGGAGGACUCGGUGACCUCACGAUGCUCCAAUCAUUUACUGUACUAAUCUGUGCGAAGUUGUUCUGUCGGUGGCCGAUGGGAGAAGCAGUUGGAGCUCAUACCAUCAAGCCUUUCCCUCCUUCUCUCACAAUACUUGAGAUUGUUGGAGAUAAAAGCAUGAAGUCAAUGGCUCUGCUGUCAAACCUUACGUGUCUCACCAUUCUACGUCUGGUUGCUUGUGAAGAAUUAACAAUGGAUGGGUUCAAUCCUCUAAUGACAGUCAACCUCAAGGAAUUGAUCAUCUACAACAACAAUUAUAGGUUUACUGACAAAGAAAGCAUCUCUAUAGCAAGGGAUCUGCUGUCAGAGGUGGGAAGGAGCAAGUUAAUGCAUGCUGGUUCAUUCCAACUGGAGAGAGUUAAUGUGGACAGCAUCAUGGCACUUCUUAUUGCGCCCAUUUGCAGCUACCUUGCUGGUACCCUGUACAAGUUAGAGUUCAGUCAUGAUAACCUGGUGAAAUCCUUCACGGAAGAGCAAGAGCAAGCGCUUCAACUUCUCAUUUCCCUCCAAGAACUCACGUUUGAUAGUUGCUGUGCACUGCAGACCCUGCCUGAAUGUUUACAUCACAUCUCUUCUCUCAGAAAAUUAGAGAUCUCCUUUUGUGAUAGAAUCCAACUGCUGCCGCCUAAGGAGCGCCUUCCAGCUUCACUCCAAAUAAUACAAGUACGGUAUUGCAGUUCCGAGCUAACUGAGUUAGCCAACAAGUUAAAAGAAACAGACCCAUAUUUCUCCGCACUAUUAGAAGGUAUGUAA